AAUUUAGUGUGGUAAAGUCACGUGCAACUGUACAGUUGUGACAAAGCCACCAAAGUCACAAUGUUUCCGAAUUCGUCCUUUGUGACGUACCGCCGGUAUCCCUAGUAUGACUGCUGAAGCUCGCGAAUUGGCGUCCAUCCUGCUUGCGCGUCCUAUACCAUCACUGAAGCCAAGCGAUAUAUACGAUAGAUCUCUUACACCUCGAAUUGAAGCCCUAAAGGAUCCUAUUCCUGUUCGGAGCGCCCUUCACCUACUUAACGACAAUAUUGAUCGCGCACAUACACUCGCGCAAAGCGACGAUGGAAAUUUGACAAGCAAUUACCUGCAUGCGCAGUUGCACAGACGCGAAGGAGAUUAUUGUAAUUCAAAGUGGUGGCUUGGGACUGGAAUGCAAUCUUCACAUCCUGUCCUUGACAAAGUGCAUGGGGGUGUGAGCCAGGCAAAGAAAUUUGUUGACGACUGUCAGGCAGCUACAACUAGUAGCGAGGAAUUGAAGGCGAAGCAGUGGGAGGAACUGAAGUCUACAGUGGAGUACGCACUCGAGAAAGAGGUAUGAUUGGGAUAAAAAGUUUGCAUUCGGAACCAUGUACAAAGACAGAAAGUAAUCGGAAUAACAUUGUAAUAACAUAGUAAACGAUGUAUAUGAAGCUUGAAGCAGAAAAAACCCAUUUGUUUGCUGCAACGCGCAGACCCCCAAUCGGAAGUCCUCGUUCAUCCACAGCAAAGUAAAGGGGGGAGAGAUACAAGAAAUCCAUCAGACGAACACUCAACUCGCCGGCGAACCCUUCAAACGACUCUACGAGCACAUCCAAAGAAUCCGCCAAACGUCCUCGAGACUCCCUCGCGGGAGCCAAAAAUGCUCUCAGUAAAGCGAGCGAGCGCGACUAUCAUCGACUGGAUUUGAAGGUUGUGGCAUUUGUAAAAAUGCGAGACUCGGUCAGUUUCUAUAGAAAGAUCCUGAUGAGUAUGUAUCUGAGGAA